AUGACGCAGACGCUCUUUUCGCCAUGUGCAUCGGGUUACCACACAAGUAGUAUCCUCGCGAAUGGGACGCGGCUGUCGAAGUCAAUUCAAUCCCCAUUCGGCACGUGGCAGGCGCACGCCGGACCAGGUCAUCCGCUCAGUCGAAAUUUGACGAAGCUAGACGACAGGCUCGGUUCCAGGCUCGGCAGCGGCCGCAUUUCUAGGUUCGGAGCGCAACAGCAGGGAUGGAGAAGGGGGUUCGGGGGAGAAGGCGUGGGAGAGGAAGGAGGAGCGUUUCGGGGGAGGCGGCGAACGAUAACAGCCAUUGGAUUUACUGCAGAUCCACGGCCCAGUGCGGGCAAAGCAGCAGCCCGCCUACUGAGGGAUGCGGCAGCGCUGCUGCUGUAUCAGGACGCUUUCAAAGGCGCUGCUCCGCAGGCGUUUCUGAGGCUGCUGCUGCAGCUGCGACGCGCUGAUGGUGGGGAAGGGGAAGGGAGUGGGGAAGAGCGGGGCUGCGGUGCGGAGGUGUGGGGGUGGGUGGAGUGGGCGUGUUGUGGUGGUGGGGUUGAGUGUUGGGGUGUGGGGGAGGUGUUGGGGUGUGGGGGAGGUGUUGGGGUGUGGGGGAGGUGUUGGGAUGUGGGGGAGGUGUUGGGGUGUGGGGGAGGUGUUGGGAUGUGGGGGAGGUGUUGGGAUGUGGGGGAGGUGUUGGGAUGUGGGGGAGGUGUUGGGAUGUGGGGGAGGUGUUGGGGUGUGGGGGAGGCUUUGUCGGGGUGUGGCUUAUGGCCUUAA